UACCAAGUAUGUAGGAAAAUAAAAAUAACAAUGGAAACCGCUCUCUUCUUCAAUAGAAAGCCAGAACUUGCGGGAUUCUACUCGACUCAACCCGUUCCGAUUCACCGAGUCAUCAACUCACCUAUCAUACCCAGAAGAUGAAAAAAAGAAGCAGCGCGGGCAUCGAUCAAGCAGUAGUUAAUGUUUGGAAACGCGAACUCGGCCAACUCUCCACUCGCAAUUUCGCUCACCGCUUCGCCGCUUCCGAGGAUCUUGUGUCGAGGCUUGAAAUUCACAAGAAGUUAGAGAAGCACGAUGGAUGUGUAAACACGCUGAGUUUCAAUGCAGGUGGUGACAUUUUGGUGUCGGGUUCAGAUGACCUGCGGGUGAUUUUAUGGGAUUGGGAAACUGGGCGUGAUAAGCUUUCCUUUCGUUCGGGUCAUGAUAAUAACGUGUUUCAAGCCAACUUCAUGCCCUUUUCUGACGAUCGAACUAUUAUUACUUGUGCUGCUGAUGGCGAGAUUCGGCAAGCUCAAAUUCUGGAAGGGGGGGAAGUGAAGACUAUAUUGCUAGGAAAACAUGAGGAAUCACAAGUUCAUAAGUUGGCUAUUGAGCCUGGGAGUCCUCAUAUAUUCUAUUCUUGUGGCGAGGAUGGAGUGGUUCAACAUUUUGAUUUGAGAACCAGAUCUGCCACAGAACUUUUUACUUGCCUUUCUGUUGAUGAUUUGAAGGGGUAUCGUCCAUAUGUCCCUCUAAAUGCUAUUGCUAUUGAUCCAAGGAACCCAAAUCUCUUUGCAGUUGGGGGAAUGGAUAAGUUUGCUCAACUUUAUGACAUCCGCAAGUAUAAGUGGGAUGUGUCAAGUGAUUUUGGUCAACCUGCAUGUUAUUUCUGUCCUCAGCAUUUGAUUGGUAAUGAAGAUACUGGAAUCACAGGCUUGUCAUUCUCAGAUCAGAGUGAGCUUCUAGUCUCAUAUGGUGACGAGUUCAUCUAUCUUUUUACACAAAGCAUGGGUUUGAGAAAUCCUCCAUUUCCAUCCUCUUCAUUUAUGGUUUCAAUGGGCAGUGAUACAAGCAAAGUAGAACCUGGAUCUAUAGCUUCUUCGUCAUCUAUGGAUCUGGAUGGGAAAAAUGCCCCCCAAGUUUAUAUGGGCCACAGAAAUUGUGAGACUGUGAAGGGUGUGAGCUUUUUUGGGCCAAGAUGCGAGUAUGUUUCUAGCGGGUCUGACUGUGGUCGGAUUUUUAUUUGGAAGAAAAGGGGUGGAGAGCUUAUUCGUGUUAUGGAAGCGGAUAAGGAUGUGGUAAAUUGUACUGAGCCCCAUCCCCAUACCAUGGCACUUGCUAGCAGUGGAAUCGAGUAUGAUAUAAAAAUAUGGACCCCAAAAGCUAUUGAGAGAGCUACUCUGCCAACAAACAUUGGACAGCUUCUGAUGGCCAAUCGCAUUGAUUGGUUUGGCAUGAGUGACAGCAGCGACGACAAUGAUGGUGACAGUGAUGACAGUGAUAUUGAUGGUGACUUUUAUGAUGAUUAUAGUGACAACGGUGGCGUUUGUGAUGAGGAUGAUGAUAAAUUUCUUGGCAGUUAUGAUGAAUGUUGAUUCUGAUUUAAACUUUGUGCUGAGCUGAAACCAAAGGCUAGGGGAUGGUUGGACCGCAUGGCUUCACCUGAUUUCCUGAUCCUGCAAUAAUUUUCACUUCAAAGACAGGCAGGGAACUUAUAGAGCUCAUGCUAUCUGUUUGAUGCCAAAAGUGACAGUGACAUUUCUUAAGAUGACGGGGAAAAUAUUGCAAUUCACGAUAAUUGCAAUUCAUGACGACGGGUUGGGUUAGGAGAUGCAUUGUUACCUCCCGGCCUAUUGAAAAGUGGUAAGAGUAAAUGUACAUAGUAUAGGGUUUUAGCUUUAACUAUUUUGAGCUGUCUUGCAAAUUUCCAUGUCUAACCAGCUAUAUUAUUCUGUAUUUAAAUUGUUUUUCGUUCAUUAAUAGUUACUUCCUCC